GUCUGUUUAGUGAAGCGACCGGGCAGCGGCGCACUUACCUGUAAUCUCAUCCAGAGUUCACCCGCCAGGUUUGACACACGGAUUUUAACGAUGCUUUCGUCUGGAUGUAUUCCGAUUGGCUUUUCGACUGCCUGCUGAGGAAAUAAGGAAAUGUAGACAGUCUGACCCGGAGUUUCAUCCAUCACAGUUCCUUCAUGUACAAUAUGACCCACUGAUGGCUGACUUUUGCUUGCGGAUGCCUAUUUUUCGCCCAUAAGAAGUAGGAAUGUAUUCAUGGAUUAUUAUGCCUUAACGCACCAAAUUCUUUCACCAUGGUGAAACUGGCCAAUCCCCUGUACGCAGAGUGGAUUCUCGAGGCUAUUCAAAAAAUCAAAAGGCAGAAGCAGCGGCCUUCGGAGGAGCGAAUCUGUCACACGGUCUCGACGUCGCACGGACUGGACAAGGGUACCGUCCUGCGGCAGCUGGAGCUGGCCGUCAAGGAUGGCGCCAUCCUUAGGGUCACUAGCAAAGGAUGCACUUCGUACAAGGAUCCGGAUAACCCGGGGAGGAUUUCUGUGGUCAAGCUCAGAGGGCCGGUUCCCUCGGCGGCGGGGGCCGUGAUUCCCACGGGAGAUCUGCGCCAUCUGGAUUGGAAUAAGGUCCUCAGGAGGGCUAUCGAGGGGUUGGGUGUUUCUUCUGGCUCGUCUCUGAGGAACAUCGAGCGCUUCUUGAGGAGCCAGGAUGACCUGGCCGGCGUGGUGGCCAACCCCAGGUUUCAGCAGAGGCUGAGGCUGGCCGCUAAGCGCGCCGUGAAUAACGGGAGGUUGCUGAAGGACGGGCCGCUGUAUAGGAUGAAAAGUGGCAGCGACGGAGGAAAACUGGGAUUCAGGAGCAGCAUCGCUCUGGCGCUGGACCUGCCACCUGUAAUGCUUUUGCCGCACGAGAAAGAUAAGCCUCGUGUUGACCCAAUACCUAUAUGCAGCUUCUGUCUGGGCACAAAGGAGUCCAAUCGAGACAAGAGGCCGGAGGAGUUGCUGUCAUGUGCAGACUGUGGGAGCAGUGGCCAUCCGACCUGUCUGAAGUUUUCAGCUGAUCUGACUGCAAAUGUCAAGGCGUUGCGAUGGCAGUGCAUCGAAUGCAAAACGUGCAGCUCCUGUCAAAUUCUGGGGAAAAAUGCUGACGAGAUGCUGUUCUGCGACUCUUGUGAUCGGGGCUUUCAUAUGGAGUGUUGUGACCCUCCGCUUUCCAGAAUGCCAAAAGGAAUGUGGAUCUGCCAAGUAUGCAGGCCAAAAGAGCAGGAGGGAAAACGACUGCUGCAUAAAACCGCAGCGCAGAUCAGACGGCGAUAUGCAAAGCCAGGAAGGCCGAGGAAAAACCUCACACAUCAAACGACGCCAGACUGUGUUGAUCAUGGAAGAGGCCCUAAGAGCUCAAGCUGCAGUCCAUCCUCAUCCACCACAGACGUACGCAGCCGCUUGAGCCUCAGCACCCCCCUCACGUCCACCCCAGCUUCCCUCACCUCCAUAUCCACAUUACCCCCCUUCAACAAGAAAACCAAAAGCCUCAUCGACGGCCUUUCGAGAUUUUUUACACCUUCCCCGUUAGGUCGACGCAUACGUGAGGACGCGGCCAAGUCUUCUGAAUCACAUCGGCCUAAAAAACGGGGUUUCUGGAAACACCUGGUCAAUCCUCAUUCCAGCUCCAUGGCACCAGGCGCCAGCCAAAGGUUAUCCGCCCCAUCUAGUGCACUCAAUACCUCCUGCUCUGUAUCAGGACACAGCACGUCGUCGCUAAACCCCAGUCUUUCACCCUCGCCCCAGAGCUCCUCGUCUCAGUCAAGUGCUCCUUCCCUCGGCAGCCUCGCGAGCAGCAGCCAGCUGAAGGGACUAUUCGACGGGCUGUCUCAUAUCUACGCAACUCAGGGACAGUCCCGGCAAAAAGGACUGCCCAGCUAUGCACCACCUAAGAGAGGCCAGGGCACCCGGGACGCUUCAGACUCGCCCACAAGGCCUUUACAGCUGCACAGAAACAAGCCAGUCGAAGGGUUCAGUAGCAAACUUGACUCCGUGUCCGCUUUGGCUUCGGUUUGUCCGCCUAAGCGAGGCAGGCCGUUUAAGUCGGCACUCUAUUUUAAACGAGCCCCCUUCUUGAAGAAGCACAGGCUGCUUAGCAGGUUGAGGUUCAAGGCAUCUUUGCACAGUAGCAGUCCCGGCCCAGGAAGGAGCAGCUUGGCAUGUGAGAGAAUUAGAUCUAACAGAAACCAUGUCUCAAAUUCAUUACGAAGCUUAAAGAAAGAGGCUCAGGAAGGAAAGUCACUUCUGUCUAAUGACCAAGUCUCUGAGGAGGACGUCAAAAUGUUUAGACACACCCAAGAGCUCACAGCAAAGAGGGCCGAACUGAUGAGUAGCUCGGAUCAGAGACCCUCACUGAUCGAGGUCGGGAAAUACGAAAUACAGACAUGGUACUCGUCACCUUAUCCUCCAGAAUACUCCAGACUACAGAAACUCUAUCUGUGCGAGUUCUGUCUCAAGUACAUGAAAAACCAGGACGUUCUGCAAAGACAUUCGAAGAAGUGCGGCUGGUUUCACCCUCCGGCUAACGAGAUCUACAGGAAAGAUAACCUGUCUGUGUUCGAGGUCGAUGGAAACGUGAGCAAAAUCUUCUGCCAGAACCUGUGUUUGCUUGCAAAGCUUUUUCUGGACCAUAAGACGCUGUACUACGACGUGGAGCCGUUCCUUUUCUACGUCCUUACUCGGAAUGAUGAGAAGGGCUGCCAUAUUGUAGGAUACUUCUCCAAGGAAAAGCUUAGCCAGCAGAAGUACAAUGUGUCCUGUAUAAUGAUCAUGCCCCAAUACCAAAGGCAAGGAUUCGGGAGGUUCCUCAUUGAUUUCAGUUACUUACUCUCCAGGAAGGAGGGCCAGGCCGGCUCCCCAGAGAAGCCUCUAUCAGAUCUGGGUCGUCUGUCCUACUUGGCUUAUUGGAAAAGUGUCAUACUAGAGUACCUGCACAAUCACCCGGAUAAGAGCGUGAGCAUCAGGGGAAUGAGCAAAGCCACGGGCAUGUGUCCACACGACAUCGCCACCACACUCCAGCAGCUCAACAUGAUUGAUGUGCAGGAUGGCAGAUUUGUGAUACUUCGAAAGAAUCACUUGAUCCAGAAUCAUAUUGCACAGCUGAGAGAGCAGCCACGCCUUUAUGAGCUCGAUCCUGACCGUCUCAACUGGACUCCUCCUAAAUUAGUCCACAGAAACCCAACCCAGCAGAGGACCCGGUCAGAGCCCGGGGACCUUAACGAUGACAGUGCCUUAACCACUGAGAGAGCUUCACGAGUGUCGAGCAGCAGAAUACCUCCUCUAACCAAGUGUAAAAAACACACCAGACGGCCCCCGGAGCCGACCAUGAGCACCACUGAGAGGGACUCGAAAAUCAGCGAUGAUAGCAGCAGUGAUGACGAUACUUCAGUCCGGUCCCAGUCUGUACCUGGUCUUAAGCAAAAGAGAGCAGGCCUUCUGCGGAAGAAAAGAGGUCGCAGGAAAGUGCGCAUCAACAGCAGCGUGACCACAGAAACCAUCUCGGAGAGGACGGAGGUGCUGGACGAGCCGUUCGAGAACUCCGAUGCGGAGACGCCCGUGUCGCAGCAGGGCCGCUCCGUCAGGAGGAAGCACAGUGAGGACGAGGAGGAGGAGCUGGAGGAAGAGGCCACGAGAAGAGUUGUGCGCCGGCCUGGCAGACCAAGGAAAAGGGAGAGAAAAGAUGACAAUCACUCUAAUCACCAGGAAGAAUUGAAAUUGGAAGACCUCACAGAUGACAUGAAGAAAGACAAUCCAAGACCUGUUAAACGGAAAAAAGGCUGGCCCAAAGGGGUGAAGCGAGGGCCCCCUAAAUGGAGAUUAAAGAAAGAAAGAAAGAUGGGCUUCAAGCUCAACCUUUACACGCCUCCCGAGACCCCCAUGGUCACUGCAGAGCCAGAACCGGAGGAGGACCAGCUGGACAGUCCAAUGUCCGUUCCUGAAGACCCCGAGCCAUGCAUAGAACCCGAGCCUGUCGAUCCACAGCUGCCCACUUCAGCGUCAGACGCACUUAGCAUUGACCUGAAGGAAGACGGCGAAGAACACGUGGAAGACCAGCCCUCAGAUAAACCCGAUUCUGUACCUAAUUCUCCUUUGGAGGCUGUCAGUAGGACACCUGUUUCAGAUCCUUUAGAACAUGAACAGUCGCCUGAAAAUCCAGAGCAGGACAGGGAUCAGGAACCCGAUGAACCGGAGCAGGAGCGUACAGAAGUCCAGGCCCCUGACGAGCGGGACUAUGAGGAGGAAGAGGACGAAGAGCAGGAAUCCGCUCACGUGGACGAUCACGACGCAGACGACGAGGACGACGGCCACGCUGAUUCUGCUAACAAGAGGAAAGAGGAUCCUGCACCCGCUCCUGAAAAAGAGCCAACGGAUGACCCAGAGACCGUACCGGACCUCGGUAACGAUGAGAAGGAAGAAGAUCCUCCUGUGCAGUGUUCAGGAGAGCAGGUCUCUGAUAGCAGCCUCGCUGGCCCGGACACCCAGGACAACCCGGCGGAUUCGGACCAUCAGCCCGACUCCGAAUCGGACGAGGAAGAGGAGGAGGAGGAGGAGGAGGCUGAAGAGGGCGAGGUGGAGAGCAGUCAGAACGUCGAAGGAUGUAAAGAUGCUGGUCCUUUGACGCCCGCGAUAAAGGAGGACCAGAGUUUGUGUCCGGAGCUGGACAUGGAAACCGCCCAGGCGGUUCGGUCCUUAACUCAGGAUGCUGAUCAAGAACGGCAAUUCCAGGACUGCGUGGAAACCCAGGAGGCCUGCCGCACCCUGCAGAGGUACGUCCACGUGGACCAGAGUCCGCAAAUGACUCCGGUCGACGACUGCCAGCAGUCGGACCACAGCAGCCCACUGUCCUCGGUUCACUCCCACCCCAGCCUGUCCGUGCGGUCGGUCAACAGCCCGGCCGUGUCCAUCCUGGAGAGCAGCUACACCCAGAUCAGCCCGGACCACGGCGCCAUUUCCGUCCACUCGCUCCAUAACAACAUGGAGACGAGUCCGAUGAUGGACGUCCCCUCCGUGUCCGACCACUCCCAGCAGGUCGUGGACAGCGGCUUCAGUGACCUCGGCAGCAUCGAGAGCACCACCGAGAACUACGAGAACCCCAGCAGCUACGACUCCACGCUAGGCGGCAGCAUUUGCGGCACGGGCGCCAGCGCCGGCGCCUCCUCCCAGAGCAGCUGUUCCUAUGGCAACCUCUCCUCCGGUGGCAGCCACGGGCAGAGCAGCUGUGCCGUGUCCCAGCAGAUGGCCGGCACCGUGGUGAACAAUACCGGUGCCUGCAGCAUGCUCCAGCAGAACAGCAUGAGCUCGCCACAGGGCUGCAGUGUCAAAUCUCCACAAGGCUGCGUACCAGAAAGGCAGCCCGGGCACGGUCACGCUCACGGCCCGGUGCACGGCCCGGUGCACGGGCACGGACACAACCACGGGCAUCAUCACAACCACAACCACCACCAUCACCACCCCUCACACCAACACCAACAUCAUCAGCACCACCAGCAACCUCUGACUCACUGCUCCAUGCCUGGUAGCUAUCCUCCACCCAUGCAACUCCCUGACCUUCCCGAAUCGAACAACCCCUCCACAAAUCUGAAUCUUUAUGAGAGGAUGGGUCAGGGCGAGUAUGGGGGCGGGCACUACGGACAGCCCUCUGCAACCUUCAGCCUGGCCAAGCUCCAGCAGCUUACCAAUACCUUCAUUGACCACUCUCUGCCCUUCAGCCACUCGGCGUCUCACCCCAUCACGUCUUACUCCAACAACAGCGGCUCCCUGUCCUCGCACCUCGGCCCUCACAACCCCACGCUGGUGUCCUUAUCCCAGCCUCCGCACGCGGGCGGCGGCCCACAGACUCAGGCCGCCAUGACUCCCCCGCCCAACAUGACCCCUCCGCCCAUGAUGGUGCAGCGCAACAUGGGCACGCCCAACGUGAACCUGCCGUCCUCUCAGAGACUGCAGAGGCAAAUCCCGCCCAAGACUCAACACCAUCAUGCGGUCACGAUCCGCUCCAAAUCCGCCCCGCUGACGCACCACCAGCAGCAGAUGUACGGCAGGAGUCCGCAGCCCGUGACCAUGCAGGCGCCGAGCAGGACUCUGGCCAUGGCGCCCCGCAUGAACAUGGGCGUGAACCUCAUGCCCGCGCCCGCAUACAACGUCAACUCCAUGAACGUGAACAUGCCGCUUAACGCGAUGAAUACGUACAGGGUGACCCAACCCAUGAUGAACGGGGGCUACCACAGCAGCACAACGUACAUGAACCAGUCUCCGCAGUACUCUAUGCAGAUGGGCAUGAUGGGUACUCAGCCUUACCCACAACAGCCCAUGCAGGCCCCACCCCACGGCAAUAUGAUGUACAGUCCAGCGGGUCACCACGGUUACGUGAACAAUGGCAUGUCCAAACCACCGUUAAACGGGCCUUACAUGAGACGAUAAUCGCCGAGGACCCCCCGGAGGUCCUCUAUAGGUCAAAAUAUCAAAGUCAGAUGGAUGACUUGAGGUAGUUCUUGUGUUUUAUCGUUCGCUUUUAUGGAUUUGUUUUUUCUGAAAACCAGCACUUGGUAAGAAUGCAAAAAAAGUUGUGUUUAAUGGCUAAUCUUUAGCUUUUUUUUCCCUAUUUAUGGGAAGCCUUACAUCAUCAGAAUAAAAUGUAACGUUUAAUGUAAAUCUCAAACUGCACUGCAGUUGAAUAAUUGCUUUGCUUUCUUUUGGACUUGCUUUAUCGAACCUUUAAAUGUGCCUGCAUUGUAUGCCUUUUCCACGUACCCGUUUAGCAAUCGCAAGUUUCUGUUCGAGUCCGUACUCAUGCCUUCAUAUUAUUUAAAUUAUUUUUUUAUAUUUUUUUAAGUGUAAGGUGAAAUUAGCAUGCUAAUAUGUAUGUUAGUGACAGUGCAUCAAGGUAGUACUGUACAGUGUUGUGCUUAAAAGCAAGCGGUUUUAUAAUAAACGUAUGGCCUUUGUUAGGUUUCCCUCUAUGGAAGGGAAAAAAAAAAAAAGAAAGAAAUCAAAUUCUAUUUUUGUUGUUUCUAAUAUGGAAAAGAUUUUAAACAUCGUCGUGUUUUUCGGCUGUUCGGCUUUGAAGGUUCUCUUGCUAAUUGUGAAUAAUUUGUUACUUUUUAACACCUUUCUUUACCUGAGGCAGCUUUCUGUUUUUAUACAAACUAAAGCAAUUUCAGACGAGACAUAGAGACGUCAAUGUCAGUAUUUGUACAUUUAGAUUAAUUCAAUCAAGUGAAGGAAGUGCAAAAAAAGGAAAGAAAAAACAAACAAAAAGAAGCAGUUUUUACAGUGCACAGGGAGUUUAGAAAACUGUCGAUUUACUCCAAAGUUGGUCUUUUAAGAAAUGCCUUUAAACAUGCAUUUUCAUUCCACAUGUAAAUUUCUAUCUUAUUCUUAUAAGACAUCUGAUUUAUAUUUUACUGAAAUGUAGAGCGCUAGCCUUGUUAAUAGACGAAACAGACGGCAUGUAUAAAGAGAAAUGGUAUCAGUGUCUUUGUAUAGCUUAUUUUGUAGCCUUUGUACCUGUACAGAAUGGCAGUUUGAUGUAAGAGGGAUAUCCUGACUGUACUAAUUAAUGAAACGACAGUCCUGUAUUUAUGAGUUCCAUUUUUAGUCAGUCACUUAAUGCUGUACAUUUUAGCAGAAAAAUAAAUUAUGAGCCACUGACAGCCUGAA